AUGGGCAACACUACCAGCGCGGUGUUGGACAAUAUUGUCCAGGGGUCCAAUUUUGAUCGGGAAGAAGUGGACCGUCUGCGCAAGAGGAUGAUCGCCAUCUUCGACGAGGAUGGCGGCGGCGACGUCGACUUCCAAGAAUUCGUGUCAGGGCUCAGCGCCUUCUCGAGCAAGGGUAACAAGGAGCAGAAGCUUCAGUUCGCCUUCAAGGUAUACGACAUCGACCGCGACGGCUACAUCAGCAACGGCGAGCUCUUCAUCGUGCUCAAGAUGAUGGUGGGCAACAACCUCAAGGACCAGCAGCUGCAGCAAAUUGUCGACAAGACGAUAAUGGAGGCGGAUCUGGACAAUGACGGAAAGAUUAGCUUCGAGGAGUUUAAGAAGAUGGUGGAGAAUACCGAUGUCAGCAAUAGCAUGACGUUAGACAACUUCUGA